GCGGAUGGAUACUGCAACAUUUGAGGAAAUUUUAAGCCUGGUUUCGCCAAUAAUAUCUAAACAAGAUACACAAAUGAGAUUAUCUAUACCAGCUGGAGAAAGGUUAUCACUCUUCGAUUUCUAGCCACAGGAGACUCAGAGCUCAUUGGCAUAUCAGUUUAGAAUUGCCCAAAAUACUAUCUCGGGUAUCUUGCCAGCUGUGUGUAAAGCGCUGUAUGAUGUCUUGAAAGCUGAAUACAUGGACACGCCUACGUCAAACAAGCAUUGGGAAGAAAUCGCUACAGAUUUUUAUUUAAAGUGGAAUUUUCCAAUGUGUUUUGGUGCCCUAGAUGGCAAGCACAUUAAAAUUAAACCACCACCUGGUUCUGGUUCAAUGUACUAUAACUAUAAGGGAGAUUUUAGUAUUGUCUUACUUGCACUGGUUGAUGCUAACUUAAAAUUCAUAUAUGUUGAUGUAGGAACGAAUGGAAGAAUUAGUGAUGGAGGUGUUUGGGACAAAAGUAAAUUAAAAUCACUGGUUGAAAGGGAUGAAUUAUUUUUGCCAGCACCAAACACUUUGCCAGGAACAGAUGUUAAUGUUCCAUAUGUCAUAGUGGCAGAUGAUGCUUUUCCACUAACCCAAUACAUUAUGAAGCCAUAUCCUGGAAGGCAUCUCACAAAAGAAAAAAGAAUUUUUAAUUACAGACUGUCACGAGCAAGAAGAAUUGUAGAAAAUGCAUUUGGCAUUCUAGCUGCCAGAUUUCGACUUUUCGGAACAACAAUAUUGACAUCGCCACAAAAGGCUCAAUACUUUGUUUUGGCAGCUUGCUGUCUGCACAACCUGUUGCGCAGCAAAAAAGAAACAACAAAUUUAUACACUCCUGAACAUAGUUUAGAUGCUGAGGAUUUCGAAAAUAAUUGUAUAAGAAAAGGAACAUGGAACGAAAGUACUUCUAAAUUUAUUUCAUUGCAGCGAAGUGCACGCAAUGGUUCGCAGGAGGCAAAAGAUGUCAGAGAUAGAUUUUGCAAUUAUUUUAAUGGUAUUGGAUCCAUUCCCUGGCAAGAAGCCAUGUGUGACUUACACUAAGGCAUGUUUGAAAUUAUUCUGCAUGUUCCAAUAAAAACUCAUAUAUAUCUCAA